GACUACAGUUCGAAAAAAAAUAUCAAGAUGAAAUUAAUGGUUGUCCUGUUCGCCCUGAUGGGCAUUACCUUGGCCAGACCGGGAUACGACGGAGCAGCAACCGCCCAGUGGGGUUUGAGAUCCGUUCCACAGAGCGGACAAAGUGGAUACGGCAGCUCGCCAAGCGGAUACGGCGGAUCAGCUUCCCAGAGCGGGCAAGGAGGAUACGGUGGCGGGCAGGGAGGAUACGGUGGCGGGCAAGGAGGAUACGGUGGCGGGCAGGGAGGAUACGGUGGCGGGCAAGGAGGAUACGGUGGCGUUCAGGGUGGAUAUGGCCAACCCGCUCCAUUGACUGAACAGGUGGGAUACGGCGGCACUCAGGGUGGAUACGGCAGUGCACAGAAAGGAUAUGGCGCAUCCGUGCCCCCAAAUGAAUUCGCACUUGGACUCUCGGGCCAAGGACGUUUGGGAGGAUAUGGCAAUGCCACUCCUCAGAGUGGAAAGUUGGGAUACGGCGGCGGACAGGGAGGCUACCGAAGACCAGCUCCCCAAUCGGGCCAGUUAUAUGCCGCAGGAGAGCUCGGAGCAGGCCCCCAACUUGUACAGGGAGAAUUCUCCGGCGGAAUUGGUCACGAGAACUGUAACCACGAGCAUCACAAGCAUCAUGGACAUCAUGGACGUUACUAAAACGGCAACUUUAAGUAUAACAAAGUAAAUUAAAAAAAAAAAAAAAUUAAAUCUUGCGAAAAAGUUGACUUAAUUCUUAAGGUAUAGUUAUUGCUCACAUUAAACUAGGAAUUAAAACACAUAGACAUCAAUAUGCCAAAAAUACAAGCACCAUUACAACUUUCUAUUGAACUUCCGCAAUAAUUAUCAAUCUUCGAUUUCCCGAACUAAUCUCAGUACCAGUCGAUUAAAGCAACAUUAAAUAGUUUAUUCAAUUUGUCAAGUUCUUAAGAUUGUGUUUUUAGAAAUGACACAUCUAUUUUAUAAACCUCUGCAAGUUAUUCGAGAAAUGCAUUUUAGAAAUUCAAAAUCGGUCUUUUUUUUAGCAACAGCAAUUCUUAAAUUAUACUACUUUUUUCCCAAAUCG